UUAACUUUCCGCGUGUCGUUGGAUUUACUUGAGUACGGUAUCAAUUAUUACAAGAAAUGGCUAAAUUGAACUCGUAUUACACUUUGUGUCCUUUAAUCGAUCAACAAAGUCUGCUUGGCGUGGAAAAAGAUUCCAGUUGCGGCUGUGCGGUUGUAACUCUAGGCAGGAAUAUUGUUAUUCGAUAUAAGUUGCAGGAUUUAAAGCAAGUCAGCAGUUGGUCGAGUAAGGAACGGCUGACAACUCAGGUUAUCUAUGACAGGACGACGAGCCGUUAUGUGGCAGUCUUCAAUGAAAUUCAAAUCAGAGUGUGGUCGGAGGAGGAGAACGAUCUUGAUAAAGUUAAAAGACACAAGUUUAAAUACCCCUUGCAUACGAUUGUUAAUCUAGAUGGGGAGUCGCCAGUUUUGGUCAGACAAAACGGAACCUGUGCUUCUCUUGCUUGGGCUUUGAAGAAUCGGAAGACGUGGGACGAAGGGGAGAACCUUCUAAAGCCUGGAGAGAAGAUAGUCGAUUGCAAUUUAGUACAUGCAGGUGGAAAGACGUACCUUUGUAUGCUGACAAGGUUGGACAGUGGCAAUAAUUACUUAGUCGUCCCUUUGGAAGACGAUACCUAUAGAGAGGAACGGCAGAACGUGAAAAGACUGGACCUAAGAAAAACUUCGGAAGAUUUGGUUGGUCACGUCGUAACUCAGAAUCAGAAUAAUGCUUACUUGUUAACAUUAUGGUCCACUGGCAGGCUGUAUAGUUAUUGUAUAACAGGAAAUACAACCGAAUCUGUCCCUGGGUCCACAAUUGGCAUGAUAACGACUUUAAGCACAAAGCAUCCAGUGGUGAUGACAGCGUUGAAUGAGUGUACAAUAGCAGCAUAUGGGGCGGAUGCAUUAGAGGAAGGAGCCGUCCUGAUCAUUUAUAAUGUUCGCUUCAAGCUGACACAGGCAACACAGAAAUUGAAACUCUACACAAGAGAUGCGAAGCUGUGGAGGGUGGAAGAUAAAUUAUUGCUUGCAGCUAAUCGCCAUUUGGCAGUGGCUCCAUAUUAUCUUGCUCCGCAGAGGAUCGAGGCAUUGCUAGGAUCUUCUCGUGCAGGAGUAAACGAAGAAGAUGGGAACGAAGAGGAAAAAGAUGUCAUAGUGAUACACGAAGCGAUAAACGCUAAUUGGGGAAAUCAUUCUGAAACGAGUUCUCCGCCAAAGUUCUCUGCUAAAGGAGUUAUGCCAAAGAAGAUUGCAAAACAAAUAUCCUCCUAUGUAAAGGAAGGUCUAAGCGAUGCAGCGAUACAGGAGAUCUUGAUUCCUCAGCUCGUUGAGGCAAAGGACUUUGCUACGAUAGCGUGGUGUUUAGACAAGUUUAAGGACAUGCCAGAAAAACUCGUAGCAACUCUUCUCUCCUGUUGCCUGAGAACACCGGAGAGAAGUUUCCAGCCAGUGCAAAAUGGAACUGCACACAAAUCCACUGGAUCUUACUCACCGUCGAGAAACGAGUUCCUUGAUAAGAUUCUAAGUGCCGACCACUCCGAGGUCUCGUUAUUAUCGCAUCUUAAGAGUGAAUUGACGUUCACAGAGACGUUACGAUUGCUUGAGUACCUGGUGAGUAAAAUUGACAGCAAAGAGCUGGAUAACUGCUUGUCAAGUCCUAACGAUGACAGGCUGCUCGAGUGGACUGCGCACCUUUUGGACUCGCAUUACCAACAUUAUAUCCUUUCGCAAGACCCGGAGGUCUUGAAGAUUCUGAGCAAGCUUGAGACUUCACUGGAAAAUCAUUUUCAGUUAUUAAAAGAGCUUGAAAAUCUCAGGCCAAUGUUGCAGAGGAUAGUCAAUGGUAAACCUCUGAAGCCUUCCAGAAGAGAUUUCAACAAAUUCUACUCUAUAGAAGAAGUGAAGCUGUAUUGAGUCAUGAAUUAACGAAGGAAAGGAUUCAAUGUCUGGAGGUACACCUACAUCCAUCAUCGGAAUCGUCAGGAUUCUUAAGUCUGCAUUGGGCGACGAUGCAAUCAUCUUCUAGGAACAGCUGGCUGCAGAAUACUUGGAAGAGCUGGGGAGAACCUUCGAUGUGCCUUAGAGUAGACCCCAUGCGAUAACCAAGACUUCCUUCAUCGGCAACUACAGUGGCUAACUCGGUGUACUCCUUUAUCGAGAAGUUGACCAGCUGACGAACAAGGUCAUUCAACACGUGGAUCACAAGUCGACUGGGAUCUUCCUCGAUGAUACACCUGUUGCGAUAAUAUUAUAUGUCGUGUGUCAGUGACAAAUGUGAAAAUCAGUGAAAGGUGAGAUCACCUGGCUUCGGCGAAGACUGCAUAGCCUUUGCUCUUUGUACAAUUUUCCUUCGAGCAGACUCCUUUAGUGUACAGUGAGUUGCAGUCGAGGCAGAGAGCCUGGAGUUCGCAUCUCUCAAGAGCAGAAUGCUUCAAAUCGAUCCAGACCAAAUUUCCAGGAACCACUGAUGACUUAGAGGGAAUUAACUGAGGCCUGGCAUACUUUAAGUAUCGGGCCUUCAGAUCAGUGACAUCCUUUACAUCGGACACCAGAAUCGUGGACAGCUUAGUAGUCUCAAAUUCAUGGGGAGACUUUUUCACCGCUGUCACAUAUUUGGCAAUGACUCUGGCUCCAAGUACCAAGCAAGAGAGAUAAAGACUGGAUUCCAAGUUUUCCAGAUGAAGAUUUAUCGUGUCCAGGGUCUGAGUAUCGAGCAGUGUCAAAAUUAUUGUGCAGUUCUCUACGAAAAUUCAGUGAAAGAAGAUUUGAAUUAAAGAGUACCGUGAUUUGCAUACUUUUAAAAAUUACCACAAUUAGUGAAGGACAGUUUAUGGACUGAGAAAAGACUUACCAUACACUCCGUAGCCAGUUGGUGGAGUGGUAAUUACUUCGUCUCGCCUUUUGUGCCUCCUGUCGAUGAUGAUGCCCUCGAUGUUCCAGAGCUGAUCCCUCUGACAUUUUAAAACACUCGAUACACUGUGAAUUCUAACUUUAUCCGGUGGUGGGCCUAAAUUAUAAUCCAGUAGAACUAUCUUCGACCUCUGUGGUAGAGUCCAAGCAUUUCCACUGUUUCCACGCGGGAUAAUCUAAUUAAACUAAUUGUUUUGUACAUAAUCUGACUUAAUUCAAGAUAAAAUCGUACGACUUCAAGGUCUCUCCUUGAUUUGUCCUUAUUUCGAGAACUAUCCAGUCUGCAAUGAAUGCAUAACAACGUA